GUUGGUCUAUUCCAGAAAUACAUUACUUAUGGUUAUAAAUGAAUAUUAAUCAAUCGAAGAAAUCCUUAAAAUUACACAGAUAUUAAGAUCAGAGCUUAAAAUGCCUAAAAAGUGUGAGGGUGGCUUCACGGUCAUGAGUCAAUGUUGAUAUUUGCAACAAUAAAUGAUGAUGUAGCACGCCCUCUAGUGGAUCAUAUCCGUAAGUUGACGCCUUUUACGUGGGGCUGCUGGUGCUUUGCUGCGGUCCGUCAGUGCCUGAUAUCAUCACCGUAUCUGAAGCUGAGACUCACAUUCGGAGCAGACGGUAGGACAUAAAUGCAUAUUUAAUGUUAAUUCCAAACCGUGCAUUUGUAUCGUAAUAAUUUUCAUUCAUUUUGUAAACAUGCAUCGUCACCCCUGCGUCUGGUCUGCGCUUCAUGUUAUGUAAUUGCAUGAGCUGUCACCGGGGAUAGCCUGAUACAGCAGCUCAGUCAUGCAGGUUCAUAUGUGUGUAAUUUCAUAAAGAAGGUUGGUUCCAGCCAGGGACUUAGAAUUGGGUGUGGGUGUCAGUGCGCAUUUUUUGGGUAGGCCCGUAUGGCGCAGUUUAAAGGACCCAUACGUUUUGUGCCAUUUGUGCCUGCGUUUUUGUGCCUGCCUGCCCUGAUGUCGCAGUAUGUUAGAAUUAAGAGGGAUAAAGUUAGGGACCGUGGUUAGUGGACGAAUACCCUUUUGCUUAGGAUACUGCAGUGUAGGCUACACUGAUUACAUUCAUAUUGCACCAUCUUUGUCCUUUGCAGCUUCUCUUUCGUCUAUCCUGACCAUUACUAAGCAUAUUACAGCAUCUUCUAACCGCAUUUACUGCAAAUUCAGCCACUUCCAAAGUAUUGAUUUCUGAUUAAGCAAGGACUAGAAUCAAAUUCAAAGUGCAGGCUCCUCUUGCAGAUAUAAAAGUUAAAAAUGACGCAAUGACAAAAGGUAGUAUAUGAAAUUUAAGAGAUUUAAGUGUGAUUGUAAUUUCUUUCUUAAAUAGACCCAUAGCUCACCUUGACAAAAUCAUAGAAUUGAUUUCAUUAUCUUAAAUAUAUUUUACAGAAUAAGACAUAUUUUACAGAAAUAUUUUCGAUUUGUUCACUGCACCAAAUGGGUCCCUCCUGGUUGUUUUGUAUAUUCCUCUCAGUAUACUAAGCCCUCCACUUACAUGGUUUAAUGGCUCAAGUUCUAUAUACCAGAAUACAAGAGUCAUGAUUGUGUAGUUGCAGGAGUAAUAUUUGUAGUAGUUGUAGUAGUUCCAGUAGUUGUAGUAGUUGUUGUAGACUAGUUGUAGUAGUGGAGAACUGCAUAUCAAAGUUGUUUUCAUUUUCAGAAUACAGAAAAUUGUCAGGUGCUAGAAAACAUGCUACUGAAUCUCUGUGCUCUCUGUGUUCUGCAAACCUAAAUGUAGAAGUAUGGCAGCAGUAGUAGGAGUAGCAGUAAAUUAAUAACUAGUACUUUUGUUUCCUCAAAUAGCACUGAGUGAAGAUGGGGAAGGAGAAGCUUCACAUAAACAUAGUGGUGAUUGGACAUGUGGACUCAGGUAAGUCCACCACCACAGGUCACCUCAUCUACAAGUGCGGAGGCAUCGAUAAAAGGACCAUCGAGAAGUUUGAGAAAGAAGCUGCAGAGAUGGGGAAAGGUUCCUUUAAAUAUGCUUGGGUUUUGGAUAAGCUGAAAGCAGAGCGGGAGCGUGGUAUCACCAUAGACAUUUCCUUGUGGAAGUUUGAGACCAGCAAAUACUAUGUGACCAUCAUCGACGCUCCAGGACACAGAGACUUCAUCAAGAACAUGAUCACUGGCACCUCACAGGCCGACUGUGCCGUGCUCAUAGUGGCUGCAGGCGUGGGAGAGUUUGAAGCUGGAAUCUCCAAAAACGGACAGACACGUGAGCAUGCCCUCUUGGCCUACACUUUGGGUGUGAAGCAACUCAUUGUGGGAAUCAACAAAAUGGACUCCACCGAACCCAACUACAGCCAGAAACGUUAUGAGGAGAUAGUGAAAGAAGUCAGUACUUAUAUUAAGAAGAUUGGCUACAACCCCGACACAGUGGCCUUUGUGCCAAUCUCUGGUUGGAACGGGGACAACAUGCUGGAGCCAAGCCCAAAUAUGACCUGGUUCAAAGGCUGGAAGAUUAACCGCAAAGAUGGAAACGCGUCAGGCACCACCCUGCUGGAGGCUCUAGACGCCAUCCAGCCCCCCACACGCCCCACAGACAAGCCCCUGCGCCUGCCACUACAGGAUGUGUACAAGAUCGGAGGUAUUGGGACAGUGCCAGUAGGUCGUGUGGAGACGGGGAUCCUGAAGCCAGGCAUGGUGGUGACUUUUGCCCCUGUGAACGUGACCACGGAGGUGAAGUCUGUGGAGAUGCACCACGAGGCUCUGACCGAGGCGCUGCCCGGAGACAACGUGGGCUUCAAUGUUAAGAAUGUGUCCGUCAAAGAUAUUCGCCGUGGCAACGUGGCCGGAGACAGCAGAAAUGACCCACCACAAGAGGCUGCUAGCUUCACCUCUCAGGUGAUCAUCCUGAACCACCCGGGUCAGAUCAGUGCAGGUUACGCCCCUGUGUUGGACUGCCACACCGCUCACAUCGCCUGUAAGUUUGCUGAGCUCAAAGAGAAGAUUGACCGUCGCUCGGGCAAGAAGCUGGAAGACAAUCCCAAGUCCCUGAAGUCUGGAGAUGCUGCCAUUGUGGACAUGAUCCCUGGAAAGCCCAUGUGUGUGGAGAGCUUCUCUGAGUACCCUCCACUAGGUCGUUUUGCCGUGCGAGACAUGCGUCAGACCGUGGCUGUGGGCGUCAUUAAAGGAGUGGAGAAGAAAGCUCCCACCAGCGGAAAGGUUACCAAGUCUGCUCAGAAGGCUCAGAAGACCAAAUGAAUGUUGUGCUGGGCUGUUGCCCCUGACAACCGCGACCAACGGCACUCUAGCUAUCUGCCCCUGUUAGCGUCCAUCAUCAGUGUCUGGUCUAUUAUCACAAUGCAUCGCAAAAGCCGCAGAAGGAAAAACAUUCAUACCUCCACUAUAGUGACUAACACAGUGUCCAGUGUAUGUUUUGUUGUCACUCUGGCAAUGCUAUCUAGCUUCCAUGCUGUAUUCUGUAUUUUAAGUGAGGACUACAAUAUUAAAUAAGUUUAGAUUGCUUGAAUUAAGAAAGUUUAUUUUGAUUUCAGUAGAAUAGAAAUAUGCAAAAGAUGCAUUUUCACAUGGGAUCAAUAAAGUAAAAAACAUAUACCUUAAAUUAUACAUAAAUUAAAAAUAUCUUGUAAUUUUUGUUAUUUUUUACUUUAAAACAUAUUGCUCAUGAAUUUAAAAAAAUAGUUCUAUAGAAAUUCAAGAUUCUUAAUUCAAGCAAUUUAUAUGAGGUCCUUGUUUUGAGGUAAUUGUAGUGAUAUACUGCUCAUAGACUUAGCUUGUACAAUUGUAGCUGUUGCUCAAGUUAUGAUGCUGGGAUGUUUAUGUUUGUUGAAGUAAUGCUCCGUGUUGUAGCUUUAAUAGAUAAUUGUGGACUAUAGGCACUGGUGAACUGGCUGCUUGCAUGUUCCCUUAGCACUUUAGAAGCUUCAGAGUAGUGAGGAUCUGAAGUCUUCAUGCAUAGAGCACUUUGCUUGGUCUGAGCUCCCUGCAGUAGCAAUGUUCAGUGUUAGAUACUGUUCCGUUC